UGGGUUGUCCUCCACGCGUUGACUGGCACCAUAACUAAACAUUACAUUGUGUUUCUGUUAUGUCGAAGCUGCUCGUUAGUCUGAUCAGUUACGUGGCUAUCCAUUGACCUUUUAAAAUCGUUUCCGUAGGAUAUAACGAUAAUUAAAUGCAGGGUCUUUUUAAACAGUAAAUGAAACAGGCGGUGAUUUUAGGAGCUGUAGUUUCAGUCUGAGGACGGAGGAACCAAACGCAAUCGUAAUGAUCUGCUAGCAUGUUACUGCACACGGAUCUAAAUUGAUUAUCGUCGGGUAUAAACGGCUUGUAGUCCAGGUUAGAUAUUGACCUGUACGUCUUAACACCGCGGUUGUUAAUUUACGCCACUGAGACAGCAGUUAAUUACUUUGCUGCAAUUUACCUUGGAUCGUGACGGAAGUGUGUAUGGACAGAUAGGGAAAGUCAGCGGCUGUUAAAACAAGCUUUACAUUGAAAAGCUUAUAUUAGCCUAUUAAUAAUGAGGAAAUUUUCUCGUAUACCUAAACUGGAAAGCGAUGGGCAUGGUGCUGGAUGCACAUCGGGAUUUGGUUCUGGACUGGGCAGCUAUAUUGGGAAAGUCUUUGCUGUCGGACGAUACCAGGUCACGGUGGAAAAACUUAUCGCAGAAGGGGGAUUCUCUGUGGUGUUCCUGGCCCGCACUAACACCGGCGUGCAAUGUGCCCUGAAGAGGAUGUGUGUGAACAACAAUGCAGAUCUAAACGUCUACAAGAGAGAGAUCACAAUUAUGAAAGAGCUGUCUGGACAUAAGAAUAUAGUGACGUACUUGGAUUCCAGUAUCAGUGCAGUUGGGGAAGGUGUAUGGGAGUUCUUUAUUCUCAUGGAGCACUGCAAAGCUGGCCAGGUGGUGAAGCAGAUGAACCAACGUCUCCAUACUGGGUACAGUGAGGCUGAAGUCCUCAACAUCUUCUGUGACAUAUGCGAGGCGGUUGCCAGGUUACAUCAGUGCAAAACACCAGUCAUUCACCGGGAUCUGAAGGUUGAGAACAUCCUCUUAAAUGACUUGGGGAACUACGUCUUAUGUGACUUUGGAAGUGCCACAUGCAAAAUUCUCUUGCCAAACCAAGAUGGAGUCUCUGCAGUAGAGGAGGAGAUUAAAAAGUACACAACCCUGUCAUACCGAGCUCCUGAGAUGAUUAAUCUUCAUGAAGGCAAAGCAAUCACCACUAAAGCUGACAUAUGGGCACUUGGGUGUUUAUUGUAUAAGCUGUGUUUCUUCACACUUCCAUUUGGGGAGAGCCAGGUGGCCAUUUCUGAUGGAAUGGUUACUGUUCCUGACAAUUCCAAGUUCUCCUUUAAGUUGCAUUGUUUAAUCAGGUAUAUGUUAGAACCUGAUCAGGAGAAAAGACCCGACAUCUUUCAAGUCUCUCACCUGGCCUUUGAAAUAGCAGGAAGGACCUGCCCUGUGCCCAAUGUUUUCAACUCCCCGAUUCCCACAUCCCUCCCAGAGCCGCUUUCGGCUGCUGAGGCAGCGGCUAAGAAAAGCAUAACCAAGGCCAGACUGCUUGAAAGAGCUGGACCUACAGAAACCUCUAUUGCCCCCAGGCAGAGACCAAAGGCUGUGAAUGCCAAUGUUUUUCCCAUCCCGAGUGCCACAGCUCCUGUAACAUUACCUCCUUCUUCAGCAGACACUGGGCAGAAAGUGAUGACACCCUGUGAGAGCACAAAGGCAGCCCAGCACUGUCACAAGGGAGGGCAACCGAGUCCAAGCCUGCAGUCUUUCAUGCCGGCAGACCUGCGGCUACAGCAGCCACAGCACCUGCAACAGCUGCAGCUGAAUCCACCGCAGCAUCAACACUCAUACCCCCUGCAGCAGCAUGUCCAGCCCCUGCAGUAUUACCAGGCUAUCCACCCCAUGCAACAGCAGCAGUAUGUGCUCCAGCAGCUGGUAAUGAUGCAGCCCACCUAUAAUCAGCCGAUCCACAACGUUAACAUGGUGCAGCAGUACCACAUGGCCUGUGCUCAGCAGCAGCUCCUUCAGCAUCAGGGAUCUCUCCAUACCUCCCCAUCCACCCCCACCAUCCAGCUCCAGACAGCCCUAGGGACCUUAAACCAAGCUGGCAUGGCUCACACUGGACCAGUCCUUCUCAAUUCCCCAUUCACCACCUCCAGGUAA